AUGGGAAGGAAGCAGUACGCUCCACCUCAAGGCCUGUUUAUGUAUGACGUCGAAUCAGCUUGGGAAAAGCUGGAUCGAGCUGAGAACGAUCGUCAAGUUGCAAUAAUUGCCGAGCUGCAAAGACAAGAACGACUGGAACAAUUAGCACAGCGUUUCCACAAAAAAGCAAAUCUACGAGAGAGCUGGCUCAGAAACGUGCAGGCAGUCCUUGAAGAAAUGGAUCACGGAAGAACCGCCGCUGAGGUGGAGAAGUCGCUCAAGAAGCAACAAGCCAUCGCAAACGACAUCCUAGCAAGGGAAGAUCGCUUCAAGUUGCUUACAUCAAUGUGUGCUGAUUUAUGCAAUGAGAGGUACCACGAGAGCGACAAAAUCCGUGCUCGUGAGCGAGACAUCAUAGAAAGAUGGACGCACUUACUAAGCUUACUGGAACAGCGUCGCAAAGCUCUGAUGGGAUUAAACGACCUUAUGACCCUGCUAAGAGACAUUGACACCCUAGCUAGUGAACUCAAGCAUCUAGAGCCAGUCGUUCGUAAUCGUGAUGUAGGCAAACAUCUAUUAGGAGUAGAGGAUUUGCUUGGCAAACAUGAACUUAUUGAAGCUCAGGUAUAG